ACAGGGUAGAGACGCGCUUGACGUCAGAUUGCCACUCACCAUAUACCAUAUAUAUAACCCAAGACAAGAAUGUACGUGUAGAGUAUUCCUCGGAAAUAUGCUGAAAAAGAACAUGCUACUAUGAUAUGAGUACAAUCCUGUAUAUGUUGAUAUUCAAUUAACGACACCACGUGACUAUCGCGUGUUUGAUGGGCGGGACACCACACCAGCCACGUCAUAGCUCUCCUCAAACUCCUAUUCUACGGAGGACUCCCUGAAUACCUUCACCAUACCACUCUUUAAUCACCUCUGAAUAACCGACAUCAUGACCGACAACACCCUCUACCUCUACACCUCCCUCACAGCGGGCUCCUCGCAUAUCGUCACCGCUACCGCCCGUCUCGAAACCAUCCUUAAAGCCAACAAGCUCCCCUUCCGCGCAAUCGACGUCGCGACCGACGAUGCAUCCCGCAAGCUCUGGGGUCGUCGUUCGCGCGGUCGCAAGUUACCGGGUCUCGUCAAGGCGGGGAUGAUCGUUGGUGAUCUAGAACAAAUCGAAGAAUGGAACGAAUACGGUGAACUGAGGAUGCAGGUUAAUAACGUCGAAGCGUUGGACAGUUUCCCGGCCGACACGCCUGCAUCUCUGACUGGUAGUUCGGCGACGACCCCCUCCGCGACGGACCCCAAUGCACCCCCGAAACAGAGCACCAUUAAGAUCCAGUCUCCGCCGUCGAAGGAACACACAAAAGACGACUCGAUUACCGUCGCCAUGCGCCAGGCUAGCGAGGAAGCUGCGUUGAAGGCUAAGGACAACAAAUCCGGGGCUGGACCCACGGACACUACUACUGCUGCUACUGCACCUACAUCUAACGCAACAGCUGCACCCGCAGCUGGCACUGGGGAAAAGAAAACCCCCGGCGAAGAAACUGUACGUCGGAAAUCGAUCAUUGGCGAGAUCGCAGGGGAAAUCCAGCGGCCACGCCUCGUGCCUGAGAAUGCUGCGGUUUCGUCUGCCAACCUGCAUGCUGAUAAUCCUGCAGCUUUAAGGGAACAUCAUCGUGGUUCGAUCGUGUCGGCGACGUCCAAAGAGGAACGGGAUCAGGUGGCGCAGGAUCUGAGGAAGUCGAUGUCGGGGGGUCGUCAGGACAUGCUUGAUGCGUUGAGACAGGAUCACAAGGGCGAUAAUGGGGAACAGAGGCCGACGUUUGAGACGAUUGAGCAGGAUCCGUUUGAAGAUUAGCUGUAGGUGCUUGGGGUUACGAGGGAUGAUUGCAUUGUAUUCUGUAUUCAGUUUUAAUAAUAGCAAGAUACCUGUUUAUUUUCUCGCUUGGAGAUAGAUCGGAACGGAGGAUUUCGUUCCGAUGACGAGUACAUGUAGUGUUUGACACAACACAGCCAUCGAGGCCAAGAAGCAUAGUCUGCUGCAGCAAGAGAUCUUCAUAAUGGACGUGGAAC